AUGGAGAGAGGAAUCAAGGACCCAGAAGCUUCCACAGACACCCACCCAUCUCUCAUCGACACAGCCUCUCCCGCAGUAACAGGUUGUGCGGUUUCGGCCGAGAAAGGAUUCACGGUGGAUCCUUUUUUGGUUGAGGCUCUUCAGAACUCUCGGCAACGUCUCACGAUUUUGCGGAUGGAAUUUGAUAUUCAGAGGUUCUUGCAGAACCCUGAUCAGCAGCAGUUCGAGUUCCAGCAUUUCCCAACAUCGUACCUCCGUCUUGCCGCACAUCGUGUUGCUAACCACUAUGGACUAAUCACAUCGGUUCAAGAUAACGGUGCGGAUGGUAACGGGAGCAGAAUUCUCGUGACGAAAUCAUCUGAGAGCAGAGUUCCUGCCCUUCGACUAUCUGAAAUCCCUGCUAAACAAUCGGAAACUGGCAAGUUCGAGCACAUGAAAGUUGCUAUAAAGCCUCGACCUUGUAAAGGAACUGGAGCCGGUGAGCUUGAAAAGAAAGGUGGUCCUCUGAGAAGUGUCGAAGAGAGGAAAGAAGACUACGACAGGGCACGAGCACGCAUAUUCAACGGUAUUGAGAGCCUUAGUUGUAAUGAUUUUCCAUCUGAAACGAAUCCUUGGAGGACGAAUUGUGGUCCUAGCGGAGAUGAAAACCAAGUCUUGAAGAAUGGUGAAGUGGAGACAGACAAGAACCAUCUCCUCAGGGAGACCAUUCCAGCAUCUCGUGUUGCAAUUCUCAGAGACAGAGAGAAAGAUCGGUAUGACCCUGACUAUGACCGCAGCUAUGAAAGGUACAACAGGAACCUCCCAGUGGAUCAAAAUGUCUUCAUGGCACAUUUCAACAUUCAGAAAAUGGGGAGUCCGUUCUAUGAUAUGGGAUUUAGUGGAUAUAGUCAAAACCCAGGUGCACCCGCUUCUCUGAACUUGGGACCACCACCACCACACAGUGUUAUGAACCACUACAUCACCACGGGUUUAAACCAUCCUUCAAGGGACGCUGCAAUGUAUAUGCAAUGGCCAAAUGCAGCAGCUGUGAUGUAUACUCAUUCGUAUGACCACUUCAGAAAUGCACCUUUUCAGGCGCAGUUCUGUCCGCAACCCCUUAGCUUGGACUACAUGCAGAAGCGGUAA